CACGCAGUGACGUCACCAACAAGCCCCUCCCGCACUGAUGCGGGAAAAACCUCACGAUCAGAGAGAGAGAGGGGGGCAUCCUCACGUCUCGUAUGUCUCUCUCCCACACGCAUCUCGAGAGGAAACACCACCUCCCCUCCGCCCUGCCUCCUCCUCUCUGCGAUGAGUAAUCCACCGAGGGGGGUGGAGGAGUGACGGGCGGAGGGGGGGGAUACCAGCGCAGCAUCAUCAUCCUCAUCCUCUGCGAACGAGCAGGAGCACGGGAUGCUUCCGAGCUCAGGAGCUGGCUAAUUGCUGGACUGUCACACGGGGAAGACGUGACGAGAACAAACGGUCAGGUCAGAUUCUGGUAAAGAUUGAAACGCCUGCUGUCUCUGGGACCGGCUAACCUCCGGAGAGGAGGGACAUGGAGACCGAAACGGACCCGAGGAUGACGGGAGAACUUCGUGUUUCUGGACUCUUCAUGUGGAGUGAAACUGACUAAUCUGUGGGGGGGGGUGGACAGGUGGGAGGCGUCGUGGCUUGUUGCAGUGGGAGAAACGGGACUAAUCCAUGGACGUGAAGUGACUCAGACUACAUCCUGAACACCAAGACUCCUCUGAACAUCUCCAGACCCACCAGCUAAUCGGUGCGCCUAACAUGUGGCGUUUAAGUGUUGGGAUCGGGCUAAUGUCUGGAACCCGAGGUCCAUAACAGCGCCUCCCUGUCCUCCGUAGUCCAGUGACUGGUCUAUGGACAUACAGCCUCCACCUGGGCCCAGGCUAAUCUCUGGAUCGGUGUGUCUGACAUGUUCUGCUUUUGCCUGCAGAGCUCCCUGCUGAAGCUCCAGGCGCUGGAGGUGGAGGGGGGCCCCUCGGUGUGUCCGUCCCCGGAGGAUAGCCCCCCUGCACAGGGCAGCAAGGAGCGGAAGAGUCCCUGCAGCCCUGUGGAGUCCGGAGGGAAGGAUGGGAAGACCGGCAAGACCCUGGUCCUCUGCCACGGCGACCCCGCUGGCGUGAGCAGCCCGCCAGAGCUGCUGACUGUCCUGACCAGACCUCCACAGUCUCCCAGACACCAGCCGUUAACCACCAUUCCGUCUGACGGAGCGCCGCCGCCCAGCCCUCACCCGUCCCCUUCCCUCCAGAGGAGCAGCCCCGGAGGUGAGGGUGGAGAAGGAGGAGGUGGAGCUCUUCUCCAGCUGCUGGCGGGAGGACCCAGCCCUCUGCCCUCCCCCCGAUGCUCCAGCCUCAGCCACAGCCUGAGGUUUAACUCUGACCCCGACGCUGCGCCGUCCCCGCCCUGCAGCCAGCAGUACAUCCUGUGUCGCGGCCGGGACAGGCCGGAGGGCUCGGAGGACGAGUGUCCCGCCUCCAUCCCGUUCCUCAGCCGACAGAUCCAGACCCUGAAGAAGAAGGUCCGCAGGUUUGAGGACCAGUUUGAGCAGGAGAUGAACUACAAGCCGUCUCACAACGAUAAAUACUCCAACCCGGAGAUGAUCCGAGUGAUGAACGAACUGGCGAAGGCUCGCAAACAGCUGAAAGAGCUGAGACUCAGACAGUCCGUGUUCGAGUCCAAGGAGCAGGGCGGUCCAGAAAACGCCUGCAGGGACGUGUGUGGCCAGCAGAGGGCGUCAGAGCACAAGCCCACACUGGAGGAGACGGUGGAGUCUCUGUUCAGACGUCUGAGGGAGAAGAGACAAACUCUGGGCCUGCCAGAAAACAUAAAGGAGAUGACUCAGGCUCAGAUGGUCUUAGAGAAGAUCACUCUGCAGAAAUGUCUGCUGUACUUUGAGAGUCUGCAUGGCCGACCGGGAACAAAGCAGGAGAAGAACCUGGUGAAGCCUCUGUAUGACAGAUACCAGAUGAUCAAGCGUUUACUGUGUGCCAGCCCGACGAUCACCACCAUAGAGGAAGAGGACGGUUCUGAUGAAGACUCGAUGAGCUCCGCAACGGUCGGCGAACUUCCUGUCCUGCUUCCUCCCAGAGCAACCCGAGCAACUGCCGGCGAGGAGGACAGCGACCGGGACAGCGACCCCGCCUUCGUGUCUCCGUUAGAUGAGGUGAAAGCCGUCCAUCACCAACCCGGUCUCACCAUGGCCAACCUGCACGAAGCGUCCAGGUCUCAGCUGCUGCAGUGUCUGCGGGAGACGAGGGCGGAGAAGAAGACGAGGCGUAAAGUUCUCCGAGAGUUUGAAGAUGAAUUUUGCCGCCAGACUGGAAGAAUCUGCCAAAAAGAGGAUCGCACUCCGAUGAAGGAGGAAUACCAGGAAUACAAACAGCUCAAGGCCAAACUCCGCCUGCUGGAAAUCCUCCUCAGCAAACAGGAAGUCACCAAAACCACGUGAGAGCAAAUCCCAGAAACUCCUUCCACUCUGCAGUUACUAAGGCGAUGACCUGAGAGGAGAAGACUUG